GGAAUAAAUCUAAGUGGUGGACAAAAGCAAAGGGUGAGUUUGGCUCGAGCAGUUUACCAGAACAAUGAAAUAUACUUGUUGGAUGACCCACUUAGUGCUGUUGAUGCCCAUGUGGGCAUGCACAUAUUUGAAAAUGUCAUUGGACCCAACAGCUGCCUUAAAAAUAAGACAAGAAUACUUGUGACCCAUGGAUUAGGAUUCCUUCCAUAUGCAGAUCUUAUAGUGACAGUAAAUGAAGGAGAAGUUUCUGAGGUGGGCACCUUUCAAGAGCUAAUGGAUCAUUCUACAGCAUUUUCGGAUUUUGUUCAUAAUUAUCUUUCACAGAAACAUCAAGAUGAUAAACAUGACCUUGCUGAAAAUAACUUAGAAGAUUUCAACAAAGAGGAAUGGGUUUUGUUCAGACCUUUUCUUAAGAAGAGGAAAAUACAAGACAAAGUUAAAGAGGACAUGUAUUUAGAGCCCCAGAAAAAUGUUGCUCAGACAAAAUUAUCAGAAUUUUGCCAUGAACAUGAAGCUGAAGAUGAGACAGAGAAUCUUUUAAAAGAAAUAGAGAAAAGGGAGAAGGAAAAUAAACUUAUACAAGAUGAGAAAGUAGAGAAAGGCAUGGUGAAACAUGGCUAUCACACGUACAUACCGUAG